AUGACUUCAAUGCUCACAUCAGUCACCGGAUGUAAAUUUUGCGACAUCGUCAAGAAUAAAAAGGAGCUGCAAUUCAAAGAGAGAAACACGUGCGUCGUCAUCAAUGAUAUCAAGCCGAAAGCUAAGCAUCACUUCCUAGUUCUCAGCAAGCAACACAUAUCCAAACCGACGGAUCUCACUGUUGCCGAUGUUCCACUUCUGGAAGAAAUGGAGCAAACGGGACGAGAAUUGCUCCGUGAACAGCUGAAGAAGGCAGGUGAAGCUGACACUGUCGAGGACAUGCUUCGGAUUGGAUUCCACCUGCCACCACUUCUUUCUGUUCAUCAUCUUCACAUGCACAUCAUAUAUCCGAUCAGUGAUAUGGGACUGAUAUCUCGAAAACUGACGUUCCGCCCUGGAAAAGUGUUCAAACCUGCUCGUGAAUUGAUCGAUCAAUUGAAAGAAGACGCCGGUCUGCCAGAUCCAUUAGAGGGAAAUCCAGCAAAGGAUGAUGUUCAUGAUAAGGUUCCAGCUCAAGCCAUCUCAUAA